UUGUCACAGAUUUUGUUGUUCGCAAAAUAUGGUUUCGACGUUAUUGUAACAUAAAAUUUAUGGUACCUAUCAAUGUUAGCGAAAUAUUCCCUAUGUAUUGUUAAAUGCACUGGGAUUAGAAAUACAAAAGCGUAAAAUUAGAAAUGUACAUAGCGUUCAAAUGGCUUACUGGCUUAGCCAUGGCUAUGUGGGUGGCUGUGUGUUGUGUUGAUACGUACACAAAAAGUAAGGAAUAUCAUAAAAGUCCAAUACUAACGAAGGACCAGUCCUUCGCGAAUUUAACCGUUGUCGGAGUAAAAUCGAAAACUCAUCCCCGUUUGACAAAUUAUAAGCAAAUAAAUGAUGAGCAACCCAGUGUAGCUAUGGUACACUGCUACAUGUUUACCGCAGGCGCUUUGGCGGUAUCUAUAUUUAAUAAGAAAACGGAAAUUUUAUUAUAUGCGAAACAUAAAGUUGCUAAACUUGAUUUAAAUAAAACAUUUAAAAAGAUUAAAUAUAAAGUCACGAGAAUGCUAGCCGUUCUAGGCCUUCAGAUGUUACAUUGUUCAUGUAUCUUACGUUACUAUAUGAAAAUGAUAACAUACAAAAGAGUCAGGCGUUUUUUCCGCUUGCUAAUAAACGCUAGAAGUGAAGGUCAAGAAAAGUUACAUACGAUUUUACUCAAUAAAUUGAGAGAAGUCGGCGAAGAGCGAAAGAACCUAGGGCAGCUGCUGAUAGCUGCUAUCCACGAAAAUAAAAAUAUAAGAAUGCAAUAUCAGCUCGAAUCGAUGGCGAAAACGAGGCUGUUACGGCAUAUCGAUGACACACAUAAACAAAUUAAAGAAAAUCGCUCUCGAUAUGUUAGUUUCCAACAUCUGUACCUCGUGACUCACCAAGAAAAUGUUUUUCUCAAAGCUCGAUUAAGGAAGCUUCAAAAAGAUAAAGAGGAGGCGGAAAAGAAUCUGUUGAGUUUAAUAAAUGAAAUUUAUAGAUCGAAAAACCAGGAACUAAAGAACUAUUGCAGCCGGUUUAUUGUGCAAACUAAAGAAAAUUUGUUAAAUUCCGACGUGAGCGCAGAAAUUCGGAAAUUCUUGCGGUCUCAACCUGAUAAUAGAGGCGAAGCGAAUAAAAUACUUCCAGACGAAUCUGGGAUGCGAAUCACGGAGAUCUUAAAUGAAGAUGAUGGUUUGGUACCGUUGGUUUCUGACGCUCCGAGGUUGAAAGGGCUUCCGGGAGAGUAUGUUUGGACCGUCAAAGAUAAGGAUGGUAUCAUAGAAAAACUGUACGAGUAUGAUUACGAAACCGACUUGGACAACGGUGAUACAAUUAGCAGGAUUAGGCAAUAUUCGGUGUAUUGUGACGAGGAAUGCCUGCUGGAUUACACAAAGGUGUUCGGAAAGUCCUAUAAUAUACCACGCAAACAUGUGGCUUACGGCGAUCCAGGUGUCACCUAUACUUAUUCCGGAGUCACUAUCCCCGCAUUGCCUUGGCCAGAACCAGUGUUGGCAUUACGAGAACUCCUUGUAAAACUCAAGGGGAUAUUGUAUAACUUCGUUUUGGUUAACAGGUACAAAAAUGGUCGCGAUCAUAUAGGACCACAUCGUGACAAUGAGCCAGAAUUAGAUUCUGAUUAUCCUAUCGCCUCAAUAUCCCUCGGUCAAGAAAGGGAUUUUGUCUUAAAACACAAAGAUUCAAGGAAAUCAGAGCACGGGAAAGCAUUAAUACCUCCUGUUAAAAUACUUUUGGAGAAUGGCAGUGUGUUGAUGAUGAACCCGCCAACGAAUGAAUUUUGGUACCACUCAAUACCGUUGCGGAAGAACAUACCUGGUCCAAGAAUAAAUUUAACAUUUCGAAAAAUGAGAGUAUGA